CCGAGGAUUUGCAUUCGAUGAGUGGGCUUUUGACUGAGACAUCUCUGCAAGUGAUUGUUGUGGUAGCUGUGGCUGUGGCCGUGAUUCCUUGGAUCGCGAUACCUUUGGUUCCCCUUGGCAUCAUUUUCAUUUAUCUCCGACGAUAUUUCUUAGAAACAUCAAGAGAUGUCAAACGCCUGGAAUCCACAACACGGAGUCCGGUAUUUUCCCACCUGUCGUCUUCUCUCCAGGGGCUCUGGACCAUUCGGGCAUACAAAUCUGAAGAGAGGUUCCAGGAACUGUUUGAUGCACAUCAGGAUUUACAUUCAGAGGCUUGGUUCUUGUUUUUGACAACGUCCCGAUGGUUCGCCGUGCGUUUGGAUGCCAUCUGUGCCUUAUUUGUCAUCGUCGUUUCCUUUGGGUCCCUGAUUCUGGCAGAAACUUUGGAUGCUGGGCAGGUGGGCUUGGCGCUGUCCUACGUGCUCACCGUCAUGGGGAUGUUCCAGUGGUGCGUUAGACAAAGUGCCGAAGUUGAGAAUAUGAUGAUUUCUGUUGAAAGGGUGAUGGAAUAUACAAACCUUGAGAAAGAAGCACCUUGGGAAUACCAGAAACGCCCGCCUCCGGCCUGGCCCCAUGAAGGAGUGAUUAUCUUUGACAAUGUUAACUUCAUGUACAGUUUAGACGGGCCUGUGGUACUGAAGCACCUGACAGCACUCAUUAAAUCACAGGAAAAGGUUGGCAUUGUGGGAAGAACAGGAGCUGGAAAAAGUUCCCUCAUUGCAGCCCUUUUUAGAUUGUCAGAACCUGAAGGUAAAAUUUGGAUUGAUAAGAUCUUGACAACUGAGAUUGGACUUCACGAUUUAAGGAAGAAAAUGUCAAUCAUUCCUCAGGAACCUGUUUUGUUUACUGGAACAAUGAGGAAAAACCUGGAUCCCUUUAAUGAGCACACAGAUGAAGAGCUAUGGAAUGCCUUAAAUGAGGUACAGCUUAAAGAAGCCAUCGAAGAUCUUCCUGGUAAAAUGGAUACUGAAUUAGCAGAAUCAGGAUCCAAUUUCAGUGUUGGACAGAGACAAUUGGUGUGCCUUGCCAGGGCAAUUCUCAGGAAAAAUCGGAUAUUGAUUAUUGAUGAAGCAACAGCAAAUGUGGAUCUAAGAACUGAUGAGUUAAUACAAAAAAAAAUCCGGGAGAAAUUUGCCCAUUGCACUGUGCUAACCAUCGCGCACAGACUGAACACCAUUAUUGACAGCGACAAGAUAAUGGUUUUGGAUUCAGGAAGACUGAAAGAAUAUGAUGAGCCAUAUGUUUUGCUGCAAAAUAAAGAGAGCCUAUUUUACAAGAUGGUGCAACAACUGGGCAAGGCAGAAGCCGCUGCCCUCACCGAAACAGCAAAACAGGUGUACUACAAAAGGAAUUACCCAGAUAUUGCCCAGACUGACCAUGUGGUAAUGAACACUUCCAACGGACAGCCCUCAGCCUUCACUAUUUUUGAGACAGCACUGUGAUUCUACCAAGAUGUCACACCUAUUCUAGAGGCAUUUUCUAAUGGUUUUUGCACUAUGUAAACUACAUUGUACUUUUUAUACUCGAUCAACAAAUAUUUGUACAUACAUGAUGUUAGUUCAUUUGGAUUUUCCCUCUGACUUCAUCCAGUGACGUCAAGCUCUAACAAAAGGGCUAAUUUUUAUUUAAAUGUUGUUGGUUUUUUUAAAAUCCAAAUUAGAGGUGCCUGCCACCAACAAAAGGUGUCUACCAGGUUUUGUGCCUUAAGAGACUCCAGAGCCAAAGCUCAUUGUUAAGGAAUAGGACAAAAUUGGCACAGGUUUGGGUUUGUGUGUGUGUUACUACCCCCAAAAGUACAUAUUAAUUUCCAGUUGUAUCGGGGAUUCUAUUUACUUGAAGACUAUGUGAAGUUGCCAUUUGUCUCACUAUUUCCUUUAACAUACGUGGGAUCCAUUAUUUCCCCCAAAGGCCUCUCUAGUUAUUAUAAAAUAGUACAGAUAAAACCAAUAGGAAAUACAAAAAAUAUACUUAAGUGACAUCAUAGUAGGGCAAAGCUACCACCCCCCAUCCGUACCAAAAAUAUAUAUGGUUAAGGUAUAGAAGAACAAUAUUCCAUCAUAUGUUCUAGAAAAGAGAAGGGGUUAUAAUACUUUCUCAAAAUGGGAGGUGAUUUGAUACUAAAGGACACAAGUGUGACCAUCCCUCAUCUUUCAGAGUUUUGAGAUUACGACAUGGUAACUGUGUUGUGGUUUUGGACUCAGCGUGGUGAUACUUUCCACAAGGGCCAAACCUCUAACUGUAAUUCCUGAAAUAUAUGGUAUUAUUCUUAUUGGAGUUCUGGCUUAUGGAAGGUUAACCCUCUGUGAACUGUAAGCCUUUGAUUUGGCCUUUAUUGACAUCCUUUGUAAAUUGCAUUGGCUUUCCUAACUUGGUGAGACAAACUGAGAAAAGCAUUGACUGUAAUUAUGCAGUGCAUUCUCAGGAUGCAUCCAGAAGGUUCAUUUUCAUGAGCCUGUGCAGGUUAGUUUACUUAAGACCAGUAAUAGCAGUUUCUUUAGAGUUUCUGAUUAGUGAAUCAACAAACCACAAAACUUCCUAGGACCUGGUGUACUUUUUUGAACUAUGGGUCUUCACUUUCUCUUGAUGGUGGUGGCUGUGGUACGUUGAGUUCAGUUUACUUAAAGGUUUUACUGUUGUGGUUUAAGGUGGAUUCUAAUGACUUCUCAGAAUAAGAUGUAACCACCCUUAAAUUUCAUAUGCUAAUGCAUGGACACAUAGAUGUGCCUUGAUGUGGUAGGCUUUUGAGAAACAGAUGUUUUA